CAUCCGGCUUCUUUAUUAGUGACCUCAAUUCUCAUCGCCUCCAAUCAAAAGCGUCUCGUCUCCAUAACUGCGAUAUCGCUAGGAACGCUCAGGAUCUCCUCUGCGUGUCACCGGCAACGCAACCGGCCCGGUCGAUCGAGCUGGUGGCGAGACCUGUGAAUGCACUGCGGAUUUGACACCGGUGCUGGGACUUGGAAGCCAACUCCUAUCGAAGGAAGGAAAUAUUUAUUUGCGUGAUGGUAUGUUUGUGAUGAUGAUCAUACAUGUAUUGGUAACAAACGUACCGAGUAUGACUUGAUUUCUUCAAAGUGCAUGUCAGGCUUCAAUAUCAGGAAAUCCAUCAGACCAUCACCAUGUAUCAUCAUACUAGUCCCAGAGGUAAUGAAAACAUGAGCUUCAAGACUCCAAAGACAUUCCAUGCUGGUGUGAGGGUAACAUCCCCUACACCCUCCAGAGCAGAGUCUAUGAUGGAAGAACUGGGAUUUGAUGACAGUGACCUCCUUAGUGACGGAGACAGCAGCGAUGGAAGCUAUGACGAGGCAGACAGUGGUGUCGGCACAGGGAAAAAAGCGAUGGUGUCCGAUGUGGAUGUUCAGGCUCUACGAAAGGAAUUGAGACAAACUCAUCAGCAACGAGAAGAACUUCUACUCAAAGUCAAGAAUUUUCGGGAGAGUUCCCAACAAUUCCAGGCCAGCUAUGAGAAGGAGAAAGCCAACAAGUGGCAACAGAUCAAGAUUUUACGCAAGAGUCACGAAGCUCAUAUGCAAGAGAAACAUCAACUCAUAGACAGUCUUCAGGAUAUCAUUAGAGACCAGGAAAAUAGGAUUCUUGAAUUGGAAGGAGGUGAAACAGGAGGUACAUCAACUCACUCACAAAGCAUCUCAAGUCGAUUGGAAGAGCUCAUUGAUGCCCUUGGCGAGCAGCAAAGUCAGGUGGCCGAAGCGAGAGAGAAACAGUUCACCGCCGAGGAGGCCUUGAGGCUGAUGCAACAGAAUGGGCAUGGUGGAGGCGGGGACCCUCAUCACCCCAGCCCUCGGGACGAUGAGGAUGAUGAUCAUAAAGCGGUGAGGGGUAAACAUAGCAACCAAGCAUUAGAGUCGGGGCUGAGGCAGCAGCUGGAGGAGGCUAAUAAUAUGAUCAAACAGAUGCAAGAGGAGCAGAAGCAGCUCAGUGGGGUUACGGAUUAUGAGAAGGAGGUGGAGCAGUUGAAGGAAGAGGUUGGUAAACUAAAAGAUGAUUGCUCCAGAUAUAAGAAGGAGGCUCAACACCAGGAGCAAGUCAGGAGGAGGGAGUCCAAGUCACUCAAGCAAUCAGAGAUUGAGAAGCAGCAGCUUCAGAAACAGAUGACCAGAUUACAGGCAGAGAUGGCCGAUAAGAUGAAAGAAUUAGACGCAUUAUCAGCUAAACAGUCGGAUGCUGUGAAUCAAUCAGCUGGUAUGGUUGAAGACAUGGAAAGGAUGAAGGAUGAGAUGAAGAAACAGAUCCGAGACUUGGAGUCCCAGCUGAGAGAGAAAGAGAUUGAGCUAAGAGAGAAGGAGAACCAGAUUGCUGAAUUAGAGGCUUAUAAAGACAAAGCACAGAUACUGGAAGUAGAGGUCUCGAAGCUGAACAAUGAACUCUUUGAUACAAAACAGUCAUCAGAUACGGCUCUUAUGGCAUCUAAGGAUGGACAUCUCAAAGAAAUUAAGAAAUUGCAAGCUGCCAAUAAGUCCAGCGCUAAGCGGAUCAAGGAGCUUGAAGAGAAACUUGCUAAGGAGUCAGAGAAUCUCCUGGACUCUGCUAAGAAGCAGCUCCAGGCUCAAGAAUCCCUGGAGAAGGAGCUGAAUGUGAAGAGUAGUGAACUGGAGAGAGUCCGGGAGGAGUAUGAAGAAUUGAAAGCCAAUCCCAAGAUUGUUGAGGUUGAAAAACGAGUGGAGGUGGAAUCUGAGGACGCUAAACGAGCCUUGCUACAGUUCAAACUGCAAAAUAAUAAACUUAAGAAAGAUUUAAGUUCUCUGAAAGAAACCCAUGCAGACACUGAGAAACAACUGGAAGACUCCAAGAAUGAGGUUGAUUCAAUCGUACAAAAGCUUGAAGAAAGAGAGCAAGAGAUGGCUGAAGUUCAGCAACAGAUGGAGGAGGAGAUGAAAUGUUUAGAAGAGACCAAGGAUGAAGAGAUCCAACGCACCAAACAAAUGGCAGAACAGGAGACCAGUUUCAUCUUUCAGAAAUACUCCUUGAUGAGGACCAGGUUUAAUCAACUGAGACCUGGACUACUGAUGAUAGCCCAGGAAUAUCAGCAGCUCAGGUCCAUGUGUAGCCAGUUCCCUCUCAUGCUUAGUAAGGCCAUCGAAGACACUAAGAAUGAGAUUGGUGCAAAACUCUCCAAGGUUGCCAAGCACAAUGAAGAACUCCACAAGAAAUACCAGAAGGAACUCCUGCUGCGUAAGAAGUAUCACAACGAACUCAUCGACCUGAAGGGGAAUAUUCGCGUCUUCGCUCGCGUUCGCCCUCUCAUCAAAGAAGAUGGAGGAGGUGCGAAUGCCAAGUCUGUGGUCACAUUCGACGAGGAUGAUGAUGGUCUUUUGAAUUUGGUCAACAAGGGGAGAUUGUCUACAUUUGAGGUGGAUAAAGUAUUUAACAUGGCAUCUACUCAGGAAGAGGUGUUUAAAGAGGUUCAACCAUUGAUCAUCUCAAGCGUCGAUGGUUACAAUGUAUGCAUCUUUGCUUAUGGACAAACAGGGUCAGGGAAAACAUUCACAAUGCAGGGACCAUCAAAGAAUCCCGGAAUCAACCAGCGUGCUCUCAAGUUACUAUUUGAAGACACAGCAUCACGCUCAGAUUAUUCUUUUACCAUCACUGUGUCUGUCAUGGAGAUCUAUAAUGAAAUGCUCAGGGACCUUUUGAGUGAUGAUCCGUCCAACAAGUUGGAUGUGAAAAUGUCAACAGAGGGCGGGCUUUAUGUUCCUGGACUCACAGAGGUUGAAGUCAGCUCCGUCGCAGAUAUCAAUAGGGUAUUUGCAACUGGUCACAAGAAUCGUGCCACAGCAAGCACAGACAUGAAUGAACACAGCUCAAGAUCACAUGCAUUACUGUGUGUUAAUAUCAUUGGAAAGAACAAAGCAUCCGGGAAGCGAACAAUAGGUAAACUCAACUUGGUAGAUUUGGCUGGUUCAGAACGAGUCAAUAAAUCAGGAUCUGGUACAGACACCCAACGGUUGAAGGAAGCUCAAAGCAUCAAUAAAUCCCUGUCGGCUCUGGGUGAUGUCAUCCAAGCCCUGAGAGCUAAACAGGGCCAUAUACCAUACAGGAACUCUAAACUCACUUAUCUUCUGCAGGAAUCUUUAGGUGGAGACAGUAAGACAUUGAUGGUAGUCCAGGUUUCUCCCGUCUCAAAGAACUCUGGAGAAUCUCACUGUAGUCUUAGCUUUGCUCAAAGGGUACGAAGUGUGGAGCUGGGAGCAGCAAGUAAGAGAACAGACACAGCUGAAGUAGCUGCGCUCAAGGAUAGGCUUUCGCAAUAUGAGGAUGUUCCGACAUCAGCAUCGUAUUCCACCCCUGCCAGGUCAAAGACUCCUACAUCAAAAACGCCAAGAGCGACACCAAGACGGUGAUCAAUGAAUACCAUACACCUCAUCAUUAGCAUCGUAUUCCAUCCCUGCCAGAAUAAAGAUUCCAACAUCGAAAACACCAAGGGCGAUACCAAGACGGGGAUAGAUGAUUUCCAUACACCUCAUCAUUAGCAUCGUAUUCCAUUCCUGCCAGGUCAAAUUCUCCUACAUCUAAAACACCAAGGGCGACACCAAGAUGGUUGUCGAUGAAUUCUAUUCACCUCAGCAUCAGCAUUUAACUUCAAUUGGUGAUAAAUGGCUGUGACGAGAUACAAAUGUUCUCUGUAUAGUUUGUCUUGUUUCUAUUUCAUCUGAAAUAAAUUAAACAUAAAAAGAAUUAAUGCAACUCUACUAUGAUGAAUCCACUUCAAAUUGGUUCAUUCAUCACUAGAGACAUCUCCAUGUAACUAAACAAUGAUUCUUGCAACAAUAUAAUCAGCAACUCUUCUGAUUUCUCAAUCAAAUUUAAAAAUAUACACAAUUUUAGGAGGAAAACACAAAAAUUAUUUCAUUAUGUUCAUCAAUGUACACAUUUCCAUGGCAUCCAACCAAUGAUUCUUGCAACAAUAUCAUCAGCAACUCUUCUUAAUUUUCUCAAUCAACUUGCAUAAAUACAUACCGUAUUAUGAUGAAAUCAUAACAAAUUUUUUUUCUGAUAUGUUACAUGUAUUUAAGAGUCUUUGUUUCAAAUAGUUUUUGUUUACUUUUAUGAUCUGUUCCUCUUAUAUAUUUCAUGUCCACACUCCAGUGUGAUUAUUUCCAUGAUGAAAAAGAAUUAAAAAGAAACACAUAUUAUCGAAUUAUGUCAUUUUGCUAUUCAAUUUACACAUCUUCAUAGUAACCAAUCAUUGAUUCUUGCAGCAAUUGUAUUAACAACUCUUCUCAAUGUAUUAAUUAAUAUGAAUAAAUGAUAGCCGUCUUAAGAGCAAAACAUUAAAAACUUCAUUUAGGAACUCUGUGCUUAAGAGAAUCUGAAGGAGUGAACUGAAGUGCUUCAUUUCAGAUAUAUAUAUUCCAUAUUUCAUGAUCACUUUGACCUAUAGAAGAACAGAAAUGGUCACACUAACAUUUUGUCAAUUUUGACAAGAUAUUGAUCUUUAAAUCAAAUUAUCCCAUUUGUUCAUGUACACUGUAUUAUUUCCACUCAUAGGUACAAACAUCUCAUGUAUGGUUUCUCUCUCUCUCUUCCAACUGGUGUAUACGUUUCGAAUCAUGUUGUGUAUGAAAUAUACGUGUAAAACAUCUCAUAUGAAGUCAUCCCUUCUGUUUUAUCUAUGACCUUGGCCUUGUCACACUAAGGUUUGCAAGUGAUUGCAAAUAUGAAAUAACCAUUCCGAUCCGUCACUCAUCUCAUGCGCAUGCAACCAUGAUCUUGAUUGGUCAUUGACAUUUUGUUAUUGAUUGCGAGGCUUUGCACCACAGGGUUCAGAUUGAUCACAUCUGGGCCAUAUAAUAUGGAUAAUUACAAGUGAUAUUUGCAAUCGAUUGCAACUUUUCUUUUACAUGGUUUACAAUAGACAUAUGGUCACACUAUUAUGUGCAAUUGAAUGCAGUUUUUAUGUAACAAGGCCCUGAUAUCAUUAGAAUGAAUAGGAUAAUUUUGUGAUUCUCAAAAGGGUUGGUUUAAAAGGAAUUAAUGCCUUUUGUGGUAUCGAACAAAUAUUGAUUCAUGAUGUUGAUAAUUAGUGAUGAGUCUGAUUUCUAUGUAUUGAAAAGUAUUUAUGGCUAUGAAAAUCAUGCUCUGCACUGUCUACUGUCUUUGGUCACAAUUUGUAAUGAAUGGUUAACAUAUGGUUCUUCAAUAUCUUGAGUCACUUUCAUUAUAUAUAUAUGUAACAAUUGCCUGGCUGGCAUUAUAUUAAUAGUAUUUUAUAUGUACAUUGUAGAUCUUAUAUUUUUAAUGUUUUUAUUGAUAUCAUGAAUGUAAAGGAAGUUAGCAAUUUUCUAUUUAUGUGAAUAAGUGUGUGCUGUUACAUGUACUAUAGAAAAUAAUAUAUAUAUGCCUCAAAAUGUGAUUGUUGCUGGGCUUAUGUAACCAAGUCUGUUUCAGGAAUUAUUAAUUUAUGCCUUUCAAAUUAUUGAGAAUAUUUUCCUUUGUAAAUCAUUCAAGUUGGCUGAAUCAAGAAAUACUUAAAAGACAUAUUGACCAGUAAUGACACAGACUGUUCACUGUAAUUCACCAUUGUGUGAUUCAGAAUUAAGGUUAAGAACUUACUUAAGGUCUAACUUAACUGGCUCUCUUCAAAUGGGCAACAACUUUAAAUUCACCAUUACAAAGUUUAAAAAAAUGAAUGUAUGUGUAACAUGAGUGAAACUUAAUGAUAAUUAUGAUAUUUUAUUUGAUCUCGACUUAUGGGAAGAGUACACAAAUGUAAAACUUAUUAAAGUGUAUUGCAAAUA